AGGCGCGCAGCACGAGAGAAAUAGUGAGUGAGAGAAAGAGCGAAAGAGCGCAAGAGGAAAGAAAGAGUUGCGAUGAAGAGUAAAGACAGAUAAGAAACUUUGUGCACGUGUGUGUAUUUUUAAUUUUUUUUAUUUUAAAAUAUAUAGAUAUAAAACGAGUGAAACUGUGACUCGUAGACGUACGCUCGUUUUAUUCGCGUUGUUCGUACCAGUCAGUGUAGUUUUUCGUUGCGGUCGAAAAUACGUGUACGGAGGAGCAAACGAGAGAGACGGAGGGAAAGUGCUCGCGCGAACGCGUCCGUGUAUCGGUGUGUGUUCGAAAGAGAGAGAGGGAGCGUGGAUCGAGUCGCUCCAGAGCGCCGCGUUCGUUUUACACGAACCUUGCGGCGAGAGAAACACAACGUGAGGAGCCGCCGAGCGGAUCCUUCGCGAUACAUACAAGCAUAUGCAUAAAUAUACAUACGAAUUCUAUGUAUGAGCCUAAACAGUCGUGCAUCGUUGCCCGCAACCGAUGCUUCAUUUUUGUAACUCGCGUUGAGAAAAAUUGCGCCAAACUUACGUGUUGAACACGUCGUUCGAUCGAGUGUUAUUUUUUUUUUUUAAUUUUUUUUAUUUUUCAAGACAGUGAAUACGGACCAACAAAAAUAAUAAACCCGGCAAUGAACGAGGAAAUUGUGCAUUCUCAGGUGAAAAUACGAGUUUAGUGCGCCUUCUGUGUAUUCUGUUUCGUUUUUUUUUUGCGGUUAAAAGGUAGAGUAUGCGCGGAAAAACGACGCCCGUGGUGGUGAUGCUCACGGUUGCCAAUCCUGAACACUGCUCGAACCGCGAGUGCUGCGAAACAACGAGAUACGGGAACGAGGUGAGAGAGGCGAAAUCUGAAAGACGCUGAUGAGGCACAACUGGAAUACAAGGAUAAACGAGCGGUUCGAGGAGCGAUGGCUGACGAGCGGAGCACGCCCCAGGGGGUUAUCGCCCAGUCGCACGCGGUAGAGCACGCUUCGCCACCGCCGCCAGCACCGACCUCCGUCAAGAGUCAUCAACAGCAACAGAUUCAACAACAAAAUUCACCACCUCGCGGGCCUCGCACUUUAUUCCUCAGACGAAGCGAAAAUGGCUUUGGAUUUACUCUUCGUCAUUUCAUCGUCUAUCCGCCCGAGUCCUGCUGCAUGUUACCGGGACACGAGCGAACGAAAAUCGAUGAGCCCAUGGACACGAUCUUCGUGAAGCAGGUACGACAAAAUUCACCGGCAGCGGAAGCGGGGCUUCGAACGGGCGACAGAGUUGUUUCGGUCGACGGUGCCCCGACGCGAGGCGAACAGUACGCGAGUGUCGUUCAACGGAUACAGCAGGCUGGACCUUGGCUACGAUUACUCGUUGUUUCCAAGGAGGACGAUAUAUUACAAAAGUAUUUCGGUGAAACGGCGCACAAUCCUGAGACGAAUCAACGAGUAGCUCGUCAUCGCUCCCCGGAUAGGAUAUCCCAGAAGCAUCGUCGUUCAAUGAGCAUGAUACCCGGACCAUCGGCUCGUUCCCGUCAGUCAUGGAUUUGUCAAACGCCACCCGGUACCGAGGGCCAAUCGGUGCCGUUGACCGUUCAAACUUAUAGAGCGAGUAGCAGCGAGGAUGAUUACAAAGAUUCGCAACAAAAGAGCGGGAUGGCGAACACCAAAGGGGCAUCGCCGAACGUGACGGGCUCGUUGACGAUGACGAGUAGCAGCAGCAACAGCAGCAAUAACGGAAGUAGCACUAACAGCAGUUUAAAAACGCCAACGUCCUCGAAUCCAACAAAAAUAAUAGUGGCCCAGAGACGUCAGCCACUCGGGGAGUCAGGAGCGAUUAAUCAAGAAAUGUACGCUCGAACGGGGGACGAACGUUCGCAGCAGCACAAUCGACGUUCGUUGCCUCAGGAAGCCUUGAAUCCUGUCUCUCAGCAGCCCCAGCAGAGAUCAACGACCGACAGCAGAUACCAUCUUCACGAUCGGACAAGACCAGAAUCGAUUCAUUCGAGGCCAAGCAGCGAGCAAAUAUACGAUAGAAUCGAGGAUCCGAUUUACGAACGCGUGAGACCCGGUCUCACGGGCUUCAGCAAAUCUUUGGAUCAACAACGUUAUCCAAUGUCAAGGGCUGAACCUCAAGUCCCGAUUUAUCGGCCAGGACGUCGAAUCGUUACGCGACGAGCUAGCGAGGGUAGCGGACCCACCAGCGAAACCGACGUUCAAACUUACGCUAGUAGCGAAGCUCUCAAAACCGGCGAACCAGGCUCCAGAUUGAGCGUCGAUUCACGCCGCGACUCCUCGCCAGCUAGCAAAGAUUCGUUGUCCUCUUACGACUCCAAUUCAACCCUUACCGGUAACGAAUGCUCCGAUGAUUCUGUCAUCAUGACCAGGCUCCGUAAAAGCUUCGAACAGAAAGAAGAAUUUCUUCGUAGACCUAGUCAUCCGAUUGGCUGGCUCAUGCCCGACGAUUCUGCAGCAAGAUUGAGCCCGCAGUCUCAAGUUAUUCAACGCGAAUUUUAUGCUCGACCUCAAAAAUUACAGCGUCAAGUUUGGCCUCCGAAUGAACAGCAGCAUCAACCGCAACAGCAGCAGCAGCAGCAGCAGCAACAACAACAGCAGCAGCGAUCACCCACCAGGAACAAUUUUGACAGAACUAAAAGUUCUAAACCCUCCAAUCAAAACGUACAAAGGGUACGUACCGACAUCGAUUCCGAGUCAGAUUAUUCCAACUAUCGUCAAAAUGACGAGAGAACCGCCUUCGAAGAUCCACAAGCUGUUCGUGAUCGUUUUUAUUCCUCCCUUUACGACGAAAACGGACAAUUCGUUAAAGAAAAUCACUUCUCUUAUGGACCAAUGAAAAACAACGAUGCACAAUUCCGCAACUCCGGCGCUACUUCUACUCCUAGAACUCCAGCAAAUAAUAACAAAGCUGCUUUCGUCACGACACUCACGAGAAUUCACGAGAACGUGACGAGUGCCAAUCAACAACAAACUCCGAACGAUAAUUCCGAUCUCAGAAAUGGCACUUCCUCUCUCCCGUCCUCACCGGGACCGGAGAAAAAGAACAGCGACAAAUUUCCUCUGCCACCACAGGGAUUACAAAUCGUCUCGAGACGCGCUAAGCAAUUCGAGUCCGGCAGAUUAUUGAGCGAUGACGAUGAACCCACCAGCGAUCGAACCAAUCUUUACAAAAGCGAAUUAUCCAGAUUGUCCAGCAAACGAAGCGUGCCAAAUGUUGCCGUCAGGAAAAGAGAAUUCGAAUCUAAGGCCGAAUCACAAGAAGUUCGACGAAUCGCUACCAACAGAGAGAGUAAAUCUUUGGAUUCGGGCAAGGUAUUGUCCGGGAACAGAACAAUUCCCGUAGGCAGCAGAUACAUCCAUUGCGAACCGCCACCUUCUUUUAGGGAUUCUCAAGAUAAGGAAGAAAUACCAGAUAUUGAGAAUGCUGAGCCUGUACAAUUGAGAGCGCGAAGCAACAGUGCCGAAUCUUGGGAAGCCAUUAACGGUGGAUUCAAUCGACGUGGGGUCAGACACACGUGGCAAACCGAAAACGAUGAACAAGAAGGCAAGAGAAGCAGCAAAGCCAAGAGACAGGACAGUUAUCUGCAGGCUGUCAGAACUCAGCUCGAGCAUGAACCACGAGGCAACGAUGAUCGAAGGGAAAUCGACGACAGACCAAAAAUCGAGGAGCCAAAUUCUUCAUACUUUUCUCCAAAGCACCAGACAACGUUUACAACUCCAAUGGUAACCAUUAGUCCUCCUCAACCUGUAAGACCCAAUAAUCUUCCUAUCCAAAAUCCUCUGAGGCCCAUGGACGACGGCGAACAACAUUUACCAUCCUCCAAUGAUCUACUCAACGUGGACGAUCCCGAAAUCGUUCAGGAAUCCCUCCUAGCUCCUAGUUCGACCGGUUGCGCUAACGGAGUUGUUCUGAGACGCCAGAAAAAUGCUCAGCUCAGCGACGAGGAACGAGCCACGAGACGAGUUUCGUAUCUCAAGGCGACCUGGGGCGAACGGAUGCACGUCGACAGCGAUCUCGAGCUCAGUGAUUCCGAGCCAGUUGUACCGACUUUACGCAGUGCGCACAGACGAUGGAGACCGCCGUUAUUUCCAAGCGACAUAACUCCACUGCGUCGUAUCUUCGAGGACGUUACGCAGGCAGCUCAUCUGCAUCGACACUAUCAUCGCAACAGCAUCUCGAGUGGUGCAACGUGCGGCGGAGCCGGUACGCCGAAGGACGUCGAACCGGUCGAGCGAGAAGGAUCCCUUCACGUCAAGUUUACGGUGCUCGAUGGCAAGCGAUCGACCGAUCGUUCCUGGAAGCAAGUCUGGGGAGUUUUACGGGGUCCAAUUCUUUACUUCUACAAGGACCGUCACAGUCAGAGUCCAUCAACAACGAGUGACGGAGAAGCCGGACAGAGCGUGGACGUGAGAUGUUCGUUGGUGGAUGUCGCCGAUGACUACACGAAACGGAAACACGUGCUACGAGUUGCGAAUCCAACGGCCGAGGUUUUAUUGCAGACUGAGGACGCUGCAUCGAUGGCACUAUGGUUGAGAGCCCUUCAUAAACAUGCAGCAGCCGAGAAGCCCUCGGACGCUAAUUCAAGCACCUCGAAACAACAAGCUGUACCACAAACACCCGGACCGACGACCCCCAGUUCCGCGAACGCCCAAUCGCCUGGCCAACGUCUAAGUCCACUGCCGAGUCAUAAAGGCAUACGAAAACUGACGUCUUUUAGAAAUCGUUCGCCGACCGGUCAGUCACCGGUUAACAAAACACGAAAACCGAGCCAGACUGUCGAACCUCUGCAAUCACCGAAAACGAAAACGUGGAAAGGCCGCGUUGCCAAACAGUUGAGAAGAAUGCACGGACAGGCUGGAUCACCCUCGUCCCCGACUGCUCAAUUACCACCGGAAGGCGCAACUUUCAAAGUACCGCUGGAACUUUGUCCAAUGUCAUCUUUCUCGGAAUUUGUGCCACUCAUCGUUGAAAUGUGCACGAGUAUCGUUGAAGCGAGAGGCCUCGAAGUUGUAGGGAUUUACAGGGUGCCAGGAAAUACUGCUGCAAUUUCGCAACUCACCGAAAGCGUGAAUAAGGGAUUCGAGAAUAUAAAUUUACAGGAUCCACGAUGGAGCGACGUGAACGUUAUAUCCUCGUUACUGAAGUCCUUCUUCCGUCAAUUACCGGAUUCCCUAUUAACCGCCGAUCUUUAUCCGAUGUUUAUCGACGCGGAUAAAAUCGAGGAUCCACAAAGGCGAAUGGCCACGAUAAGAAAGCUCCUGCGGGAUCUUCCAGAGCAUCAUUUUGAGACUUUGAAACAUUUGAUGUUUCAUUUGAAACGCGUAGUCGAGCAUAGCGAGGUGAACAAGAUGGAAGCAAAAAAUCUCGCUAUCGUAUUCGGACCGACCCUCGUCAGGGCGAGCGGGUCCAGAGACAACAUGGUAACGAUGGUAACUGAUAUGUCACAUCAGUGUAGAAUCGUCGAGAGCUUAUUGAACAAUGUCGAUUGGUUCUUCUGCGAAGAAGAUUUAGACGACUUGAGUCGAUUAAGUGUUAAUUUGAGCCUACCUGCGGAUGGUAGCGAGGUCGAAACAUCCACCACGAAUCACAAUCUCUUACUGAACAACAUUCAGAAAGUAGAAGGCAUGCGUGAAAUGGUCUCCGCUAGGGAUAUUGUAUCCUCAAUCAUAUCCGCAGCUAACAGAAAAAUACAGAGAAGGCGAAAAGGACACGAUGAACAGGAGAGCGAAGAUCACGAGGACGAAAAGGCAAAGGCGAAACAAGAAGCCGAAAAUCUGGCAACGAUACGCGCGAGCAUGGCGUUGAAUGAGCGUCAAUGUUCGGUCAGUGAAAUGGUAAUGAUGCACGAGAACAAAGCAACAAAUCCAAUCGAACGUGUAGACCGAACGAUCCUGGGCAGUUCGUCAUCGAGCAACAGUUCAAAUUCGAACUCGAUGAACGGAAAUCCGUCGAGUCGUACGAAAUACCCGACGAAUAGUCCGCAGAGCGUUCAACAGCAACAAACUCAACAGUUACAAAAUUCAAACGGUUCGAUGAGCCUCGACUCGUCACGCUUGAACUGUGACAACGAACCUGGCAGUCUCGAUACAAUAUCGACCAUCUCAAAUACUUCGAACGAUACGAAACACAGCAACGACGAAGUUGCAAUUAGAACGUACGCUGGUCUGAGCGCAACAACGCAAGAAAGGAUACGGAGAUUCGAGCAGGAGACCAAAGCGAUGCUCCAAAGGGAUCAACAUCGUCAGAGACGCGAAGCCGAAAAACGCGAAGAGGAAAGACGAAGGAUCGAGAUGGAGUGGCAGUUGGCAAAACGUGAAAUGGAAAAUGACGAUAUUCUCGAUGGUAUCGUCGACGCGACCGUUGGAUCCCCUUUUCUUCAGGAAAGACUCACUGGAAACGUUAACGAGAGACUAGUCGAUCAUUCGAAUAACGACGUGGACGAUAGACAAUCGAGAUCCAGAUCUACGACUCGUCUUACUCCACUCUCGAUCGCCGUUCAGCAACAACCUACCGCGAGACAAAAAGCCCAAGCUAGCAGCCAAUUGAGUAGCAUACUCGGCGAGAAAAUGAAUAACGGGGUUAUUAAAAAGUUCAAGACCGAUAAAGAGCCUUCACUGGAAUCCGUUUGUCUAGCACCGACUCGAUAUGGCAGUCUCGAUUCACUUCACGAGGUUCACGGUACACAAUCGCAGCACGCAUCACCGUCGCCGUCGCAGCACACUCGCGGUAUACCCGGUGACAUCUCCGACGAUGCCGGAUCUUGUUUUCUACAUUGGACACAGAAGAUUCUCACUAUUAACCGAAAGCUUGCUAGGCACACAGCAAGCCCGGGUUUAUGGUGCUACAUAUCGUCCCAUCUACACGGUCCUUCAAGUGCCGGUUGCGCCCCCACGAAGACACCGGUCCCACAAUCACAACAACCCCAACCCCGAUACGGCCCUACCUCUUCUUCUUCAGCAGCCACAUCAUCAUCACCAUCACCACCACCACCACCACCAUCACCAUCACCACCAACGAAAUCUUCACAGCUCUUCGAGCCAGGGCUGUUGUCAGGCUCAGGGACCGGGACGUCCUCCUCCAAGACUUUAAACAAAUUCCUCAGAGGUAGCGAUCUCUUGACCAGUCUAACGUCGACGUUCGAUCGAAAAUGGAAAUCCCUCGUGAAUCCAACGAAUUUGUUGAUGACAUCCGCCGAAAGUAUGAGCACGAGCACCUCGGACAACGAAAAACGCGAGGAAAACAAUCGUAGCCUCGAUCGCAAAGAUACCACUCGUCCCGCCGAACUCUAUCGAGAUCCGAGCCUUCACAAAUCGCCGGCUGAUAACGCACGAGUGAUUCGCACUCUAAACGGAACAACGGACAAGAGCACGAUAUCGAGAACUCCCGAGGUAUCGACGACGCCGGAUAACGAUCUUCGCGCCAGAAAGAAGAAGCCUGAACCAGUGAAGGAUUCUUCGGACGAGAGAUGCAGAAUUCUGGACGCAACUGAAAAAGACGAGAGUCCAAAGAGUAACGGGAGUUUGGAGCGUUCUCAGAGUACUACGAAACCGCGAAAUUUCGAGCUCUCAAAGCCCCAGGAGGAAGAAACACCGAGCGCAACAGGAACAUCACUGCGCCGCGAGGUCGAGCGUCAAGACGAUGCCGCCGAGAUCACCGAGGAUUCGGUGGUGCGUAAAGAAAUACCGGACUCUUCGUACACGAAUAAAUUGGAGAAAUUUGAGAGUCUCAGUCAAGCGAACGUCGAAUCGAGAUCACGCUUGAAGCGAUCGGAAUCUCUGAACAAAAGGAGCGAAAACGCGACAUCGAAGCUCAAACGGUCGGAGAGCUUGAACAAACAUCCUGAUCGCUUGGCAUCGCCGUCAAACGGGAAGCUCAAACGUUCAGAAAGUCUUAACAAGCACGCGGACCGUUCGGAAUCUCCGAACACGAAACUCAAGAGAUCGGAGUCACUUACGAAAACGGAAAAAACCGAGUGCAAUAUCAGCAAACGAAGGCAAUCGGUAAGAAAGGAAAGCACGACGAAGUUGAAGCGGAAAAAUGGAAUGCCCGAACGUUCGAUUAAGCGGAGACACACCGUUGGCGGCACCAAGGACUUUGACAAAGUCCACUGGCUCGAUAAUAAAUUGCAAACCGAGACCGAAAGGGUCGUUAAAAACGAUCCGAAACCGAAAAAGAGUCAAUUGCGCACGAGCUCGCCGGACUUGAGUAGCAAUCGUGUCAACGUAGCCGACACCAGUUUUCUCAUUGAAGUCAGUUUCCGCGGACCCAGCAACGUUGUUUUCAACGUAACUAAUGCCCGGCCCCAGUCUCUGCCCGACGCUAAUUUAGCUUCCAAAGUUUUCAAAGUACCCCUGGAGAGUCACGUGUAAACGAGGAUCAGAGAAGCCCAAAAAAUCGAAUUUCCACAAUCGCAUCACUCGCAAACGGGAUCGACAAGAUUUUACAUAUUUCAAUAAUUUUUUUAAAUUCAUGCGUUUCGAAAAAAGUUUCUAAACGGAUGCAUUCAACGUAACGGAGCGAACUUUCGGUAGAAACUCGAAAUUCGCGUUUUUAAAGAUUUUUAAAUGCUACCAUUUUUUAUCUUGAGAUGUUUUUUUAACCUACGCCUUUCGAAGUUACGCUUGCUCACUGAAACGCGGUUAAUUCAUCGGAUAAUACGCAUUAUCGAAUGUAACUGAAAAAUUCGAUUCUCCAUAUCUCUGACCUCGAAUGAAAUGUUUACUUGUGACACAGGAUAUGAGAAUAAAAAAAAACUCAAGUACUCUCGAUCCACUCAACUUCUCGCGUUGAAAAAUAAAACAAAGAGACUUGGUUGAAAACACAACUUUGCUGAACGUUUCCAUAUCAGGUUGAAUAUCAGUACAGAAACACGUCACAAUAUCACGUAAACUUCAGGGAGAAGUAAUAAUUGAAAAAAAAAAUCUUUUAUAUAUUCAAAUAUCAUAAAAUACCUAACAUAGCAGAGAAAAGGUUUUAUUAGCUCGAUCGUCAACGUGGAAGGCGAAAAAAAAACCGCGAUUACAAUAAAAUAUAGUGCAAUAGAUCAGUCGUGAUCGCGAUUUAUAAUUUGAUCAAAUUUUUCGAUGAUUAUUUCGGUCAUCGAAGGCUGUUCGGAGCAGUCUAUAUAUGCGCGUAGGUCCUCAACGCGCCAAUGGGAAUUGAUGAACGAUCAUUAUCGUACGAGGAAGCUAAUGAAAGUAUUGAACGAAAACAAAAGAUAUUUAUGCGUAUCUUGAAUAUGGUAGAAGAAAAUUAGAUCCUAAAUGAAAAGUUGAUUAUCGUCGAUGGAAAAGGAAAAGGAAAAAUGACAUUGAGCCAAACGACGAAGGAGAAAUCGACAAAAAAUUUAAAUCUUAUCCCUUUCUCGGUAUAUAUUUAGACACACGAAAUAUAUGUACCAUGUCAAUUAUAAACUCUAUACACAUCAUAAUUCUGAAAUGUGAUCGUGCAAUUAUUUUGCACAUGUCAACUCGAUGCGUUGUCCAAACUUAUGUUUUUGGCUACAACGUUUAGUUACUUUUCUUCUUCCAAUAUUUCUUCACUUUCUUCUAGCGAGCUGCGUUUAAUUUUUCAUUUAAGUUUUUAUUAGGAUUUUAAGUCUCGAGGCAAAAUGGCCUCUGUGGAGACCUUAAUUUUUUCAUUAUUUUGUAGACAGAGAAAGAGAGAGAGAGAGAGAGUGAGAGAGAGAGAGGAAGAAAGCGGAAGUUGAUUAACGAACUGUAAAUAUUUAUAUAAAACUCAUUGUUAUGUACAUUGAAAUUGGGAGAGAAAGAUAAACCAGUUGUCGAGUUAACGGAAAGACUCUGAAUCCUGGAAAAGUAUAACACUCUGCGCUUUGUACAUUUAGAGAUAAAUGAAAAGAUGAAAUAAUGAAGGAAAAAUUUUAUGGAGAGUGGACAAUAAUCGUCCAGUUGAGGAUUGCGAGAUACGAUUUCUUAUAUUUUCAACAAAACGGAAAUGAUAUACGAUGUGAUAAUUAUAAACCGAGCUCGACUCUCUAAAUAAGUUGACUUUAUGAAUAUUGAUAUACGAUUUAUUCGUUUCCUUAUUUUUUUUGCUUUUGCGCAUAGAUACUCGGGGUGGUAUAUAUUAUUGUCCGCGAGGAGGCUGCUCUUAGACAUAAAAUCGUAUGUAAAAAUUAACAAAUGAAAAUUCGGGACGCUUUAGUUUUGCGGUCGUUGUUGAUUAUACGAUCGGUUCCAAGACGCGUUAAUUAUUUGUAAAUCCGAGACAUGUAGUUGAAGGAAAAAAUCCAACAACAAAGAGACGGAGAUCAAACCCGACGCCUUCUAAAAGAAACCUACCACAUCUUUUCGUGUUUUUUUUUCGAUAAAUUAUCGAAAGAAAAGUAAAUUUAAUAAAAUAAAUAUAUUCUAAGAUGAAA